AUGGUUCCCGUAGACGCGGCCGGCGAUCAAUUCGCCAUUCUUCCGAUCCAGAUGCCACCAGUGCCUUCAUUCCCCGAGACUGCUCUGCAUGAAGUGCGGAUACGAAGAAAUGCACCCAAAAUCCCCACGGCGAAUGAUUCUCGGAGUCUUUUCCUGAAGAAUAUUCCCGCAGAUAGCACAGAGCCUCAUUUUAGAGCCGUUUUCACCGAGCUCGUCGGAGCUGGACGAUUCGAGACGAUAACGUUUGAGGGGGAGGAAAAGGCGGCAGUUGUCAUUGACCCUGCCAGAGCAAUCAAGGCUGCUGCGCUUGCGCGCAAGCGGAAGCGAGGGGACGUGGAGGAAGAAGAAAAAGCGGAAGAAGAAGCUGCGCGGCUACCAGGUAUCUGGACACGUCAACUUCACCGAAGCAGUAGCACGGCGAUUGUGUUGCUCGCUGAUGAGAAGAGUGUGCAGCUCGUUCUCAAGGCGAUCACGAAGCUUCAAAAGACCAAAAAAUACCCUGUAUGGGGACAGGGCCUAUCGGACGAUGUUCAGCCACUGGGUGCUACGUGGGUGUCUUCCCAUCUGCGCCUUAGCCGCGCUGAUAAGGCCGAGGUGCAAAAGGCUACACAUGCAUUCUUCAAUGUGUUCAAUAGGAAGGAGAAGGAAGCUGCUGAAAUCAGCAAGCGACUACGCAACGAACCUGAUGAAGAUGGCUUCGUUACUGUUACUCGUGGUGGAAAGGGUACUCCUGCAAACCAAUUCGAAGCUGAGGAGGCCAGACGGAAGAUGGUCGAAAAGGCUGCCAAGAAGAAGUCGGAAAUGAAGGACUUUUACCGAUUCCAACUGCGAGAACGACGGAAGCAGGAGCAGGCGGAGCUGCUGAAGCGCUUCGAAGAGGACAAGAAGAAGGUCAAUGCUAUGAGGGAAAAGAGAGGAAAAUUCAAGCCCGAAACAUGA